AUGCAAGAUUUAAGAGAGUUCUCGGACAUCUACUACAAUCUCACAUCGAUCACCGUGUACAAGUCUGAGGAUGGUUGCUGUCCGAAAGUGUGCGAUGGCUGUCGGCUCAAACUGCAGCAAUUUGAUGAAUUCCGCUCCCUUUGCAUUCGUGUGCACGAGCAUCUCCUACAGGUAAGUGCGCCCCAGAAUUAUGAGCAUUUAAAGGAAGCGGCGAAGACCGACGAUGAAGGUGCUGAAAGUGGGGAAGAGGAUCAUGAACUACAACCCGAUCCCGCCCGGAACGAUAGUGAAAAAUUGCUAGACUCGGUCACUGUCCCCAUCAAGGGGCGCGGCAUUUUUCUUUUCGUUUGCCAUGUGUGCCACACAAAGUUCAAAACGGAAACCCGGCUCAAUGGGCAUCUGCGGGCCCAUCAGGGGUUGAAACCGGCGGUCUGCACCAUUUGCGGGAAGGAGUUUAUCAAGUGGUUCAACCUGAAGAUGCACAUACGUAACAAGCACAUGAACGAACAGCAGCAGCGGUUUCCGUGCGAUUUCCCCGCCUGCAGUCUGACCUACACGACGAUGGCAAACAUGCGAAAACAUCGGAAAACUCAUGACCCCAAUCAUGUUAACCGCGGGACGCUAAAGUACAUCUGCGAACAGUGCGGUAAAUCGUACACGACAUUCGGUGCCUUGAAGGCCCAUACCUACUCUCACACCGGCAAUCUGCCGUUCUCCUGCACCAUGUGCGAUCGGAAGUUCGUGAACGCGGACAAACUGCGGAUACACAUGAUGCGCCAUCAGGGCAUCAAAAACUACGAGUGCCCCCACUGUGGGAUAAAGAAGACGACCAAGACUGAGCUGCGGACCCACAUUAAUUAUCACACCAAAGAGCGGAAGAUCCCGUGCAGCACCUGUGGCCUAGCGUUCGCCAGCUCUGGAAACCUAGCACGACACGUUCGUAUCGUACACCGCGGCAUCAAAGAGUUCCAGUGCACCCACUGUGGCCAGUCGUUCGGGAAGGCGGAAACCCUGAAGCAUCACGUGAUGACGCACACCGGUGAACGGCCGCACGGUUGCACGGAGUGUGACAAACGCUUCAUUCAGCUGGUGGCCCUUCGGAAGCACAUGAAAACGCACUCAUUGUCCCGCAAACGGGCAAACUUGGCGGUCACCGCCGAGGCAGUGAAGCCGCAGCUUUCCGACAAAGAGUAA